AUGCUGUCUCCAGUUUGCCUUACCCAAUUUCGUUGCCCAAAUGUCAGCCGCUUUCAGCUGUUGCAAAAAUAUUUAUGGUUUCUAUUUAUUACUGAUUUUGAAUUAAUUUCGCUCCCUCCAUUUCUUACUCUCCCUCUCUCUCUCAAUCUUUUACUCUCCACAUUUCUUCAUAUCUUACUCUCUAUUCCUUUCUCUCAAUGUUCCUUUUUCUUUCCUCCUCUUUCCGUUCCCUUCUCUCUCCCUACUUUUUCCAUUUUUCUCCUUUCUUUUUCUGUCCCUUACUCUCACAUCUUACUCUCUCAGUUUCUUACUCUCCCCCUCUCUCUCAAUCUUUUAUUCUCCACAUUUCACCAUUUCUUGCAUACACUUUCUCUAUAUUUUACUCUCUAUUCCUUUCACUCCAUGUUCCUUUCUCUUUCCUCCUCUUCCUGUUCCCUUCUCUCUCCUUUCUUUUUCUGUCCCUUACUCUCACUUCUUACUCUCUCAGUUUCUUUCUCCCCCUUCUCUGUCUCUCUGUUCCUUUCACUAUCCCUUCUUUAUCCAUUCUCUUUUCUAUUUUUCCUCUCUUCUUUUUCCAUGUACACCUCUCUCCAUUUUCCCUCUCUUUUUUCCAUUCCCUUCUCUCUCCAUCUUUUACGCUUUCUCAGUUCCUUACUGUUGCCCUUCUUUUUCCUUUCCUUUUCUCUCUUCCUUCUUUUUCCAUUCCUUUUUCUCUCUCACUUUUUUCUCUCCAUUGUUUUUUCUUUCUCUUCUCUCUCUAAUUCCUGCUUCCUAUCUCUCUCUCUCUCUUUCUUUCUUUCUUUCUCUAAAGCUGCGUUGAUCUUGUCUCCUGUUUCUCUCUCUAUAUAUCUUUUUAAAUAUCUAUGUUUGUUUCUGUUCUUUUUCUUUCUUUCCAGAAGGUAUAACUCAUCUUCUCUCUAUCUCUCUUUGUCUUCUUUCUUGAAGUCUAGAUUCCUCUCUUCUUUCUUUCUUGAAGGCUGGGCUCAUCUCCUCUCUAUCUCUCUUUGUCUUCUUUCUUGA